UUACCUACCUUACAGGUCCACUACUUGUAGUUGUACCCUGUACCCAUAUCACCUUGCACAAUUUUAUAACCUUACAACAAGUCCCUGGCGUAUCUAGCCUAUAUUUCUCACAGCAUGCUGACCACUUCUCCGACUCAAACCAUUUUCCUCCAUAUGCAUCCCCACGCUCUCGAGUCGUUGGCUCCUAAAGACACUCGGUGGAACAUGCUUGAGUUGACGGCUUCCGCAACAUCGGCUGAUCGUCGACAGAGUUAUCUAUUCUCUGCAACCACCAUUGCUGGCCAGGGUGCUUGCACUGCCUGUCGCGGUCGCUUGACCAAGUGCUCGUUGACCAAACCACAAUGUAGCGAAUGCAACAAGAGAGGUACAGGCUGCACGUACACUGCUGCCUCGAAAAGUAGUUCACCAGUGGCUCCCUCGGUGUUUGCUCCCCCUGCUCCACGGCUGGCGACAGAGAAGGGUACGAAACGCAAGUUCGACCAGAUCCUGAACCAACAUCCUGCGCCAUGCCCAUUUCAAAAUCUAUAUCAGCUCAUGCAAUCAAGCUCCCCCGAAGUCGCCAUGGACAUCUUUCGUCGCAUCCGCCAGGGCGACGAUGCAGCGAGUGUGUUGCGCCAUUUCGAUGAGGGCCACCUUCUUGUACAGUUCUACCUUCAAGUGGACUCAAAAACACAAACACUCUCAACUACGGCUCCUGGUCGCGCUGGCAAGUACAUACAAUCUCCUCCAGCUCUCUCGACAUCAACUACCGAAACAACCAAUUCGUCAUCGACAUCCAUAACAACACCAUCAUCCGUGGCUACUACAACACCUAUCGGGAAACCAGCAACCCAACAUCAACUUCCACCAUCAUUACGAGCAAUAUGCAACGAUGUAGCGAUGAGCUGAGCCCAUGCAUGUUCAACGUUAAAUCUUCCCCAUCUAUCAUUCUUGCCUGGCUGUCUAAUCCGCCGCAUUAGACUGAUUCAUACUCCCGUUUUUCUCUUUCAGUCAUAAAGUUCAGUGGCCUCAUGAGCUGACGAUGACUUGGUGGAAUCAUCCAUGAUCACUACAUUUCAUAGAAUGCCAAGCGC